AUGGGGAAGCCACGGAUGAUCAUUCUAGUGCGCCAUGCACAGUCAGAAGGCAACAAAAACCGCGACAUUCAUCAAACUAUUCCAGACCACCGUGUGAAACUCACUGCCGAAGGAUAUCGACAAGCCCAGGAUGCAGGCCGUCGACUACGUGACCUUCUCCAACCCGACGAUAAACUUCACUUCUUUACCUCCCCGUAUCGGCGCACAAGAGAGACUACUGAGGGGAUUAUUGAAUCCCUAACCUCCGAUACACCCUCUCCUUCGCCUUUCCAAAGACAUACAAUCAAAGUUUAUGAAGAACCCCGGCUGCGGGAACAAGAUUUCGGUAAUUUCCAGCCAUGUUCCACAGAGAUGGAGCGCAUGUGGAUGGAGCGGGCAGAUUACGGUCAUUUCUUCUACCGGAUUCCUAAUGGCGAGUCCGCAGCAGAUGCCUAUGACCGAGUGAGUGGGUUUAACGAGUCCCUCUGGCGCCAGUUCGGCGAAGAUGACUUUGCAAACGUCUGUGUCCUUGUUACGCACGGCCUCAUGGCAAGAGUAUUUCUCAUGAAGUGGUAUCACUGGAGCGUGGAAUACUUUGAGGACCUUCGCAACAUCAAUCAUUGCGAGUUCCUUAUCUUGACCCACAAUCCAGAAAAUGGCAAAUACACACUACAGAACAAGCUUCGCACCUGGUCAGAUCUUCGAAAAGAUCGAGAUAUUGAAAAUGCAGCCAAAGAAGAGAUCGCUUCGCCUAUCCCGCCUACUAGUCAUGUCGGCCUCACAGACCAUAUUCCAAUUCGGCGCAAGUGGGGGGGUUGUCCCGACGGCUGUACUCAUGGCAUGACUGCAGAAGGAAAGCAAUCGUUGCGAGCAAAUCUACUCAUGCGUCACGAGCAUCGCUAUGCUCAAGCUAAGCACGUGGAUGAUCAUGCAGGUAGUUUUGGCUCCAAACUUCACAAAUCUGUAUCUAUCGACGAGGUGAUAUCGUCCUCAGAAGACAGUGCGGUUCAGAAUGAUACCAGCCGCAAACCCAACGCUCGGCAUGUCUCCAACCCGCAGCAUACAAUUGGCCACGAUGACAACGGAGACACCACGAAGCAAUACGAUUCUUCCUCAGAAGCCCGGCCAAGCGUGAACCCAUUGCAUCCAAAACGACCGAAUUUUCACGGACCGGACCGAAAUAGUGAAGACCAUCUCCUCCAUUCACCAACAUCCACAUCUUCAGCAUCAGCGCACCUAAAAUAUGCCCUUCUCCACCUUGGCGGUCGUGACGGUGGAGGCUCCAUGAGCGGAGCAAACAGCCUCGCCCCAUCCGACGAUGAAGGCGACGACCACGAUCACCACCGUCACGCUUCAUCAACCCCCUCCAACCUCGCCACUGGCAAUUUUUCUCAUGUGAACCAGCAGCGCUUUGAGUUUCCGUCCAGCGAGCAAACUCAACGGCCAGCUCCCUCUCAGGAGCUCGAAGAUGAUGGCGACGACGAGAUGGGUGGCAAUCGCACCGAGAAAUCGAAGAAAACUCGCUUGCUUCAUCACCAUCACCACUAUCAUCAACACCAUCUUUCUUCUUCCACUGACCAAUCUGAGCACCGCAUGGCCAAUAUCCUAGGCGAUGGGGACGAGUUGUCCAGCCACUCAGAAUCACAGGCGCAAGGACCAGAAAGUUCGUCAACGGAUUCCCCGUCUCAUCUCCACAUCGAGGAAUUAUCCUUAGAAGAGCACCAAAAGCAUGAUCAGAGCAUUGAAGGGAGCGUUUACUAA